GCUAUAUAAAGCGCAGUUAGUGCCACUAGCAGACAUUAUCAGUCCAGUGCUCCAACCACCUGACAACCACAGCCAACAUGUUCAAAUUCCUCAUCAUUGCCGCCCUCGUCGCCUGCGCCGCGGCCAAGCCAGGCGUUGUCGCCCCAGUCGCUGCACCACUGGCCGCCGCUGGAGUCGCCUAUGCCAAUGCACCACUCUAUGCCGCUGGCGGCAGCAGCCAGGUGGAUAUCCGCAACAACUACGAUGGCACCCAGUCCUCCUACACCACCGCACCGUUCGAGCUGACACCACCCUACUCCAGCCGCUAUGUCUCCGGCAUUCCAGCUGCCUAUGCCGCCGCACCACUGGCCGCACCACUGGCUGCCUCUCCCUAUGCUGCUCCUCUGGCUGCUUCUCCCUACGCUGCUCCUCUGGCCGCUCCUUAUGCCUCGCCCUACACCCUGGGCUCGCCCUACGCCGCGCCCUAUGCCGCGCCCUACAGCUUCGCUGCUCCUGCCCCACUUUUUGGUUAGACGUGUCUUCAAGACCGAACAUGUUUUCCUAGCGAAUU